AUGGGUCGCAGUAUAGUAUGGAAAUAUUUUAUAAAAAAUAAUAAUGGUACAGCCACUUGUCAAUUAUGCCAGAAAACAUUAAAAACAAGCGGUAAGUAAUUUUCUUGUUUACUAAUAUUUUAUAAUAUAAUGAUAAUCAAGGGAAAAAUUAUAAUAAAAAAAUAAUUUUUUUUUACAAUUUUUUGAUUUCCAAACAAUAAUUUUUAAAAUAUUUGUUUACAAUAUAUAUUUAUUAUACAUUUUUUAACAGCUUUAUAAUACCAAUUACCAACUCAUAUUAAAUAAUUUUAUCAUAUAACAAAUUAUGUAUUGUAAUUGUUAUUACUAACUUGUUAGUAAUGGGUAACUGUAAUUUUAUUUUCAGGCAACACAAGUAAUUUAAGUGGACAUCUCACUUGUAAACACAGUAGUUUUAUGGUUUCAAAAGCUAACUCAACGGCUACACCGAGGCAAGAGUUGGAAACUUCAGAUGUUGAUGAUCCGUCUCUAACAUUGUCCUUAUUAUCGACAGCUUCAACUUCAAAUAUGUCAUUUACAGCUUCUACAUCUCAUAGUUCUAAUAUACCAUCUACUAAUGUAGUUCCAUCUUCCAAUAUAGACACAGCAUUCAAACGUCAAAAAAUAAAUGAGUCAUUUUCACAAAUUGUGUCUUAUCAAUAUGGAGGUUUUAAAAGUGCAAAAUUAAUAAAUGCAAUAUUGUAUAUGAUUGCAAAAGACAAUCAGCCAUUAUCAAUAGUAAAAAAUAAAGGAUUUAUCAAUUUAAUGAACAUUACUUCACCAAAUUUUAAAAUUCCUUCUAAAAGGAUAUUUCCAGAUUUCUAGAAGGAAAAUAUAAAUCAUUUAAAGAUUUGUUUAAAAAUGAACUAAAUAAAGUGAAAUAAAUAUCACUAACAAUAGAUAUAUGUACCGAUAUACAAACUCAAAGUUAUCUAGGAGUUACUGUACAUUUUGAAAAAAAUAGCAAGUUGGCUUCUGGAUUAUUAGGUGUGAUAUAUCUCCAAGAAAGACACACAUCUCUGUAUAUUGCUGAUACAUUAAAUAAGGUAUGUAAACAAUGGGACAUUUCUUUAGAAAACAUAACUGCAAUUGUUACUGAUGGAGCUGCAAACUUAACUAAAGCUGUUGAUUUAUUGUUUGGAAAUCCCAAUAACAAACGUCACAUACCAUGCUUCGCCUACACACUACACUUGGUAGCUCAAAAUGCUAUCUCCAGUGUCACGGAUUUAAGUUUACUUAUUAAUAACGUAAAAUCAAUUAUAACAUGGUUUAAACACUCAGAAGUAGCCAGUGAUGAACUAAGAAAAGUUUCCAAUAGUAAACUUAUUCAAGAAGUUCCAACCAUAUGGAAUUGUACAUUUUAUAUGCUUGAACGAUUUAUUGCUCUAUGUCCAUUCAUAAAUGAUAUUGUAAAUCGUAAUAUCUCAGCUCCUACAAUGGUUUGUGCUAAGGAUAUUGAAGAAAUGACAGAAAUAAUUGCUGUUUUAAGGCCAUUGGAAGCAGCCACAAAAGAAUUAUGUAGUGAACAAUAUGUUUCGAGUAGUAUGGUUAUACCAAUUGUGCACAUAUUACAAACAAAAAUUGAUGAGGCAACAUCAACUCAAAUUCUUAGCACUCAACUAAAAAAUGCAUUAAAAUUAGAGUGUUCAAAGCGACUAGGACAAAUAGAAAAUGUUUCAUUUUUCGCAAUUUCUACAAUAUUAGAUCCUAGAUUCAAAAAAAUGUAUUUUAAAAAUUCAGGCCCAUUAUCUAAAAUGUUAACCAAAAUAUCAGAAGAAAUCAAGUCCUAUCAAAUAACAUCUGAAAGUUCUUCUGAUUCAUCUCGUGAGUAGUAAAAAAUAUUACCUGUUAUGUAGGUAAUUUAUUUAUUAAAAUAUAUUAUUAAUUUUCAGAAAAUAAAGAAUAUAGUCUAUGGAAUAACGACGAAAAAAUUAUUCAACAAAGUAGCCAUAGUCGUGAGCGAGCCACAAGAAAAGAAAUUGGUUAUCCAUCUGAACUUAAUUUAUAUUUGAAAAGUGCUGUAGGUAGGUUGACAGACAACCAGUUAUUUCUAUGGAAUGAUAUGUCCACGGUUUAUCCAAUUCUGUCCAAAGUAGCUUUAAAAUAUUUAAGCACAGUAGCUACUUCGGUACCUAGUGAAAGACUUUUCUCCAAAGCAGGUUUGAUAAUGAGUCAACAAAGAAGCCGUUUGACUAUCAAAAAAUUAAAUAUGCAAUUGUUUUUACAAUCUGUGGAUGAAAGUUUUUGGGAAUUGUAA